CGUGACGUCACAGCUUUUCCAAGAUGGCCGCGCGAGUGCUCCAGUGAAGCUAACUAACAGAUAACUACCAAACGUUUGCCUCGCGCUCGGAGAAUGGCACGAGCGCUUCUGCUCGUGUUUUCACUCUGAACCGUCGAGGUCAUGGAGUAAGACUGUGCAGCUCAUGAAGAUGGAGCCGCUGUAGAGGAGUCUUCCUCAGUCUGAUGCUGCCGUCGGCCUGCAGGACUGGACGGAUCCGCUCCUUUGGAGCAGCAUGGACAGCUUCUUCAAAGCAGCUGUGUGUGACCUGGACAAACUUCUGGACGACUUCGAGCUCAAUUCUGACGAGCUGGAGUGCAGACCGGCGUUCCUGAAGGCCCCGCCGUACCCCUUCUCCUCUCUGGGGUCGUCCUCCGAGCCCCCCGCCGUCCCGCCGAGCCUCCCGGACCUCAGCUCCAUCCACUAUGGUUCUGCCAGCAGCUGCCUGGACGGCGCCCGGAUCUCCGGCUCUCAGGACUGCGAGGUCGGAGGUCGUCCUCUCACGGGAGUCGACCUCCUCUCCUCUGUGGAUCGCGGCACGACCAAAAGCUCUGCCCCUCCCUGCCCGGACCGCGCUCUGAAACCGGUGUGCGACCUGGUGAACGACGCCAGCUCCGCCAUGCUGGUCCGGACCAACAGCCACGAUGCCUUCAGGGAGCUGGAGGCGGCGGAGACGCAGCAGGUGGAGGCGCUGCUGGUGGACUUUGACAGCCCCGUUGUUACGGAGCCCAGAGGAGCAGGCGUCGGCGAGGACGGUCAGAGCUGCUCGGAGACGCUGCUGGAGCUGAGCGCCGGCUUCUCCGCCUCCCUCAGCCUGCUGGACGUCAUCCUGCCUGCAGCUGCAGACCGAGGACCCGAGCUCCCCGAAGACUCUCCGUCCACCGCAGACUCCGCUGACGGGGAGGAGCUUCAGGGCUCAGACCCGGACCUGCCGGUCUCGGCGGCCCCCCAGGAGUCGGACCAUGACGACGACACCGCAGACACCAGCUCAGAGAAGCGGGACCGUGACGCUGAUGCAGCGUCUGCUCCAGAGCUCCGAGGUGAAGCUUCUGACGGUGGAGCGCCGGGUUUGUCCAGCCCGCCGCCGGCCGCACUCCCACCCCCCGGCGGUUCCAGGACCCCAGAGGACGGCAGCGAGGAGGAGUCACUGGAGGAGGAAGGCGUGUGUGAGAGCGCUGAGGCCGACGCCCUGCUGGUCUCCAGCGCCCGGGAGGAUCGGAGCGCCGAGGUCCGUCUGUCCCCAGAAGGACAGCAAGUCCACAUGGAGCCGGCGGCCGCCGCGGCCCCCCCAGACCUGUCCCCCGACCGCUCUGAGACCAGCCCCAUGGACCCCCCGGAGUUUGGGUUCGAGUAUCUGCCGGAGAGCGACCAGGCGGAGCUGCUGGUCACAGACGAGGAGCUGGACGCCUUCCUGAAGGCGCACGCCGAGGCGGAGCAGGGCGCCGCAGCGUCCUACUGCGUCGGGCUCGAGGAGCGCGAGCUGAGGAUGUGCGGUCAGGAGAGGCAGGAGGACGUGGAGGGCGGGGCCUCCCCGGAAAGUGACCGAGUCUGCGUCUCUGCAGGUGGAGGUUCUGAUCUGGGAUCAGAGAACUCCUGCACGCCACGCCAAGACCGCUCCUCUGGGGGGAGCUGUUCUCUCACCAGCCCCGAUCUGAGAACCUCCUAUGGAGGCGCCCGGCCCAAACUCCCGCACCACCUAACCUCCAGAACCCCCCCUGCAGGAGAGGACGAGGAGGAGGAGCGUGUCACGGCACUCGCUCCUCCUCCAGGAUCAGCGGAGAACGAGGACAGCCCCGCAGAGGAGCACCCCAGCCCUCCCUACCCCCCCCAGGAGCACGAGGAGUACAGCGUGGGGUACGAGGAGCUGUCCGAGCCCCCGCCGUACCCCGGCGAGCCGAUCGCAGACGCCGCGGCGUCAGCCAACUGCACGAGAGACGCGGCGGAGGAGCUGGGGAGCAGACAGCCGGCCUGGGUCCCGGACGCAGACGCCCCCAACUGCAUGAACUGCAACCAGAAGUUCACCUUCACCAAGAGGCGGCAUCACUGCCGCGCCUGCGGACGGGUGUACUGCACGCUGUGCUGCAGCAGGAAGUGUAAGCUGAAGUACCUGGACAAAGAGGCUCGAGUCUGCGUCAUCUGCUUUCACAUCAUCAACACAGGUCAGGCUCUGGAGCGGAUGAUGAGCCCGACCGGUCCCAGCCCCAACCCCAACAUCCCCUCUGAGUACUGCAGCACCAUCCCCCCUCUGCAGCAGGCCCGAGCCGCCGGCACCCUCAACUCGCCGCCGCCCACCGUCAUGGUGCCCGUGUCCGUCCUCAAACACCCCAACCCCGACGGUUGUCCCCGCGAACAGAAGCGAGUGUGGUUCGCCGACGGCAUCCUGCCCAACGGCGAGGUGGCAGACACCACCCGGCUGUCGGUGACUCAACGCCGCAGCUCGCAGGAGUUCACGCCGGACGACCCAGCGCCCGGGUCAGAGGUCAGCAGCCCGGCCGAACCGGACGCCACCGCGUCUGCAGAGCUGGCCCGACCACCGCUGUCCGGACCCUGGGACUACGCUCUGCUCGCCGGGGUCGGCUCCUCGGUCAGGAGGGUUCCCAGCCUGCUGCCCGACGACGAGGACCAGCUGCCGCCGCUGCUCGUCAUUACCGGAGAGGACGAGGAGGGAGGAGAUGUUCUGGUGGAGGAGAGCCCCGCCCCCUGCCAGAUCCUGCACUUACUGGAGGAGGGAGGGCCCCGCCCACUCACCUUCGUUCUGAACGCUAACUUGCUGGUCAACGUCAAACUGGCUCCCUACGGCAGCGGGCGGUGCUGGUGCUUCGGCUCCAACGGGCUGCGCGCUCUGGGCCAGAGGGAGCUGGUGUUCCUGCUGGAGUGUCUGCCGGAGGAGAAGGCCCUGCCCAGAGACGUCUUCUCGCUCUAUCUCAGCGUUUACCAGGACGCCCAGAAAGGGAAGUUCGUGGAGGAGCUGGAUAACCUGACCUUCACCAGCAGCUUCCUGGGCAGCAAAGAGCACGCCGGCAUGCUGUUCUUCGCCGCCAGCUGCCAGCCUCUGGACGGCCUCACGCUGCCCCCCCGGCCCUUCCUGUUCGGCCUCCUCAUCCACAAGCUGGAGGUGCCGUGGGCCAAAGUCUUCCCGCUGCGGCUGCUGCUGCGGCUCGGAGCGCAGUACGACGUUUAUCCCACCCCUUUGGUCAGCGUCCGCUUUCGGGAAUCUUUGUACCGCGAGACCGGACACACCAUCAUGAACCUGCUGGCUGACCUGAGGAAUUACCAGUACAGCCUCCCGGUGGUGACGGGUCUGAGGAUCCACAUGGAGAUGGGCACCAGCUGCAUCCACAUCCCCAAGAGCAGCUUCAACGAGGUCCAGAAAGUGUUGAACUCGUCCAACGAGCACGUCAUCAGCAUCGGCGCCACCUUCAGCGCCGAGGCCGACUCCCACCUGGUGUGCUUCCAGAACGAGGAGGGCGGGUACCAGACGCAGGCCAGCAGCAUGCCAGGGAAGACGCGCACAGUGACCGGAGCCAGUUUCGUGGUGUUCAACGGAGCGCUGAAAGCGUCGUCCGGAUUCAUCGCCAAGUCCAGCAUCGUGGAAGACGGGUUGAUGGUCCAGAUCCCGCCGGAGACCAUGGAGUCUCUGCGCUCCGCCCUCAGGGAGCAGACGGACUUCCACAUCCCCUGCGGCAAAAACGACGGCGGCGAAGUCCGGGAGAACGUCAGCAUCCGCUGGGAGGACCGGACCGCCACGGUCAACACCGGGAGAAGCAGCGGCGUGGACGGGAGGGCCCUCGACGCCGCCCACAGCGUGCGCUUGCAGCAGGACGCAGAGUUUGAGCUGGACGGCCGCAGCAUCCGAUGCACAGAGGUCUUCUACCAGCUGAAGGACCCGGACUGCAGCCUCGCCGCCGUGCUGGCCUCCUGCAGCGCCUUCCAGAAGGAGAUCGCCAUGGCAACCUGCAGCACGCUGACCCCUCACCUCGCAGUCCUGUCCUCCAGCGGCAUCAACUCCUUCUCGCUGCGCGUCUCCACGCAGGCCGACAUGGUGGAGUACCAGGCGGGUUCUGGAGGCAGGCUCCUCCCCCAGCGCUACAUGAACGAGAUGGACAGCGCUCUGAUCCCCGUCAUCCACGGAGGCGGAGCCAGCGUUCCCCAGACUGCCAUGGACAUGGAGUUCGUCUUCUUUGUGAUUCACGCCGUGUAAGGCGGCAGCAUUAAUAAAGAGAAGGUGGGGGCGCAGACGGGCGGAGCGGCGGCGGCGGCCGGAGGCUCCGGUCUGCAUCCGUGAAGUCAUGAACGUCUCUGUGUGGAGCCGACCAAAGAAAGACGCCAACCGAGACUCUCCGAGCUCCGCCUCCACGGAGCUGCUGCUGAAUGUUUCCCACAAACACUCCACGGAGGGGGAGCCCCCCCCCACAGAAGGGGGAGGAGCCCCCCCCCCACAGAAGGGGGAGGAGCCCCCCCACAUGGAUGUAUUACCAAGGUUUCCGUUUGGUUUUCUGAACGGAGCUACAGCAGAACCUGCUGCUUCCUGAAGCCGACUGCAAAAGACAAAGAGCUUUCAGCCCACGGUCCGGUCCGGUCCGGUCCGGCCCGGUUCUGUGCCUGCUCAGGAUUUCUGACGUCUGAACCUAAAUCUUCUUUGUGACCCUGAUCCCUAAACCCGUCCCAGUUGGUUCGGUUUGGGUUCCACGAAUCUCCAGAACCAAGAUUCGUAGCUUCAGUCCAGAACCCGGCGCCGCAGAGACGGGUAAAAUAAACCGGAGCAGACGGUCGUUUUAAACCACAAACCUUUUUAUUAAAGGCAUUUAAGAAGAUCUUUAUUGGAAACAGCAAAAAUGAACUAAAAAUGAAUUUAAAACAAAUAUUUACUCUCACAGAAUCAGGAAUUAAUGACACAUCCCAUAAUAUAAAUGAGAAAAAUACACUUUAUUCUUUUAUUUCCUCAUUUUCAAUUUACUCAGAUGGCCACGCCCACCUCAUUUAAAUGUUCAGUUUUAAAAUGGAAAAAUGUAUUUAAAAAGCUCGAAACACAAAUUUGAUCAUUUUCAGUUAUUAAGAGCCGAAAGUCCAGAACUUGAGCUCCUCUUCCUCCUCCUCUUCCUCCUCUUCCUCCUCUUCCUCCUCUUCCUCCUCUUCCUCCUCCUCCUCUUCCUCCUCUUUUCCUGUCAGCUCCAAAACAUGAAAACAGACGCAGAACUUUGCUCUGAUGCUGCAAACACUAAAUAAUCUCUUUUUUUCUUCUUCAUCUCCAACCAAAAAUCCAACUUUGCUGAAAAUGAAAUGUUUACACGUCAGAAAUCGGUUCAAACUUUUAGUUUUUACCUCGGAGUCUUUUAAUCUGAAAUAAAGUCUCUUCUAUUUUCUG